GCAUUAGAUCGGAUUGAGGCGUUUGCCCUGGGACAAACGUCAUACGUCCGAAAUCUUCUGUGGACCACAGCAAUCGGGAAACAAGAGUAGAAGUCGGUGAAAACCACCAGGGGUAUGCUAUAUUAGGUAGCAUUAUCCUGGUCGUUCCGGUAAGUUAGUCGAACUACAAGGAUCCAGGGACCAGCAGCAGGUGCCUGUGGAUGGCGAUAAAAUUCGAGUCAAACUCCACACUCGCCAUACAGCUUGCCCGACCAUCCGUGGGUCGAUGAAAAAAAUAUUUGAGAAAUCGACUUAUAAUAACGUAAUAAUUUGGGAAAAGCUUAAUAAUACCUUUCACUGCUUUCCUUUUUUCGACAUAGCAUGUUAAUCCUCGGAGAGCACAGUCCUGCCUAUUUUCUUCUCAGCACGCAAACAUGGACAAAUUGAGCGUUCAGGCGAAUUUAGCUUAACUUUAACAGCUGUCCUUGAUGUAAACUGUGAACCUGUUGAAGAAAACGGGACAGCUGAUUCAAGCAGGGAUCCUAGAUAAACUUUUCAGGAUAUCGCUGGAGCAGAAGAGGCAAUGGAGAGGAACAAGUCGACCAACGGGACCCACUCCCUCACCGAGAGUAAAGCUAAAGACAGAGUGGACAGAGUGGAUCCAUAUGGCUUUGAACGCUCAGAGGAUUUUGAUUAUGAGUCAUAUGAAGAGCUCAUGUCUGAGUAUCUGGUUGUGCUCACCCGACGAUCCAUCAAGUGGUCCAAACUACUUAAGGGUAAAAGCAAGGUGCAAAAGAGUACAAAAUUAAAGCGUUUUGUACGCAAGGGGAUUCCAAAUGAGCACCGAACUCUGAUCUGGAUGACAGCCAGCGGGGCUCAGGACCAGCUAGAGAAGAACCCAGGAUACUACCAGUCCAUGCUGGCAGCCCAGCAAGACCCUAAACUCAUUGAGACUAUCAGGACAGACUUGAACAGAACAUUUCCAGACAACAUCCAAUUCCGUAAGACAUCCAGCCCAUGUCUGCAGAAAGCCCUUUACAAUGUGCUACUGGCCUAUGGUCACCACAAUCCAGCAGUGGGAUACUGCCAGGGGAUGAACUUCAUUGCUGGGUAUCUACUUAUCAUCACAAAAGAUGAAGAGAAAUCUUUCUGGCUGAUGGAUGCACUGCUUGGUAGAAUUUUACCAGACUACUACACUCCCGCCAUGCUGGGGCUGAAGACGGACCAGGAAGUGUUAGGGGAGCUGGUGAAAAUUAAAAUCCCUCAAGUGUGGCAGGUCAUGGUGGAACAUAAUGUGAUGUGGACCCUUGUUGUUUCUCGAUGGUUCAUCUGUCUUUAUAUAGACAUCUUACCAGUAGAGACAGUACUGCGUAUUUGGGAUUGCCUUUUCUAUGAGGGCUCAAAAAUCCUGUUUCGAGUAGCUUUGACGCUCAUCCACCACAACCAGGCAACAAUUGGAGAGGCAAAGUCACUGCCCGACGUGUGUCAAAGCUUCAAACUUAUCACCCACGGACCAUUUGUUGAUGAGUGCCACACUUUGAUGCAGAAAAUCUUCACUGAACCAGGAAGCCUCUCCAUGGCAACAUUGACAAAGCUGCGGGCGACGUGUCGAGCUCGAAUCCUUGCAGAGGAAUCCUGACCCACUCAGAUACCUGCUGUUUAAAGCCAGUACACAUUCCAGAGAGGCAAGCAGCUUGUUUGCACCUUUCUAUUUAAGCUGAGUCACUGUGACCACUACACACUGUAAACGUCAGUCUUAAACUAUAUCUUGAGACAAUCAUGCAGCCCAGAGUAUGUGAUCGUGAGGAAUUUUUUAAUGUGCUUUAUGUAUGUAUGAGCUGAUGAUUCCACAUGAAAAUAAUGUAGUUUGUAUUAGAUUUUUUUGUCAAAAGGUGAAAUAAUGCACUUUAGUCCAGAAUUUUAGAAGCUAAAGAGGCUAAAAAGUGGCCAGGUGCAGUGAUUUGUGCUACACACUAACCAUAGUCAAGAAAAUGUCUACCGUAUUUCAUAGUUUUCUCAGUCAGAAGAAAUUAUUGUUAGAGUAAAUGAAGAAUUAACCAAUAUGCAGUGCUGUCACAGCAAGCUGUGGCAAGCCAAUGUGAUUUAUAUUUAUUUCACAGGAAUUUUUGUAUCUCCAAUAUACUUAUUAGUUUUUUAGAUUGAGCACACUGGAUGCAUAUUUUUCAAGUGCACUGUGGUGAAACAAUACAAGCAUAACCUAAA